GUGCCGCCAUGAUGGUGUCGGAAUGUGGUCCUCACGGCCAACAGUAGAGGGCGCCAGAGAUGCACUAAACUCGGUUACAUUUGUUCGUCCAAGUUUCAUCGUCAUUUCUUUCUGCGAAUUCCUUACUUGAUGUUCUUUUUGAUGCACUUGCACAUCUUGUCCAAAAUGAGUGGAACAACAACAAACCAUUUUGGCAAAAAUGGCCCGAGAUUCACUCAAAAGGGGCCACCAAUGCAAUGGAAUGGAAGUGGAGAGCAUGGCUGAAAAUAUAAACCAUGUGAUGUGGAUUUGACAGAGCAGUGUGCUCCCCAAUGUUCAACAGGAUGGCUCUUCUCAACUACCCCGUUCCAAAGAUGGAAGUGACCUUGCAGGAAGUCCGCCGCGUUCUCCAGCUCACCUUAAGUCCCGACGGUUAUGCUGACUUCAAAAGCACCCUGGAGAAGCAGAAGCCGCUUCUCGAAGAAGCCCAGCGAAAAUUAGUAACCGUGGCGACGGGCCAAGAGAAUUGGGUGACGGAUCAGUUCAAGAAAAGUCUGUUGGCCUGUGCCGACCCUCUGUCAACCGCCACGGCCCUUCCGGUUGUUCUUCUUCCGUCCAAAGCGAAGGGAUGCGACCAGUUGACGAGAGCGGCCGCUCUGCUUUGGGCGGCGGCUGAGCUGUAUAGCCGGCCCAAUAUGCUGGAUGGGGACGUGGCCAUGGAACGAACGCAGCAAUCGGAGCUUUUCGCCGCCACCCCGAAUUCCCGGCCAGAGCCGAGAUGAAAUUAAGGUUUACCCGGAAAGCAUUCACGCCAUCAUCACUUGCGUUGGUGGAGUAUUCCCGAUCGACAUACUCCGGCGCUCCGAUACUAAUGCGACAUUAUCCGCUCGAUCCUUCCCUGACAUCUACAACCAGCUGGCUCAAGUGGUAGACCGGAGCGACACCGGGAAUCACAACGACCCCUUGGCCAUUUGUAGACUCUCUGCUUUGGAGCGCAAGUCCUGGGCUGCCAUCAGAGAAGACAUCUUGGACAAAGGAGGAGUUUCCGCAGCAUCCCUGAAGCUAAUGGAGAGCGCUGUGCUGACGUUGAAUCUGGAGGACAGCGACGCUCCUUCUGAAUUGGCGGAGAUCCUCAACGUGGUGAGGUUGGGAGGAAAAGCAGAUGGUCCUUGUCUAAGAUACUACGACAAGGUGAUGAAUCUGGUGGUGUUCAAGGACUGCACAGCCGGGAUGGUUUUUGAGCAUUGUGCUGUGGAUGGGAUGGUAGCUGGCCUUGUAACUGAACGUGUGUACCAAUUGUCCGAAGCCGUUGAUUUAAGUCUAGUCCAUAGCAAUGCGGAUAAAGUCAAGGGGUCUUCGGCAGUCAUCAACCCUUCAUCCCCAACAUCUCUAACCUUUACUUUGCGCAGUACCAAGACACGCCCUGAUUUCAAAUCCCAAAAUCCAGUUGUCACCUUCGACGUGUCCUCUUAUCCCGACGUGUUUUCCACUUUGAGAAGCCAAAGAGGCCUGUAUGAUGCUUGGAUCAACUUCUCCUUGCAGCUUUCCCUGAUGCAGACUCUGGGGGAAUCUGCUGCCACUCACAUGCUCGUCACUCCUACUCAUAUGCGCCACUACAAACAUGGCCGUUGUGAUCCCACCUACUCAGUCAGCGCAAAGUCUCGGAAGUUAGUAAGCGUCUUGGCAUCACGCAACGCAAUCCAACCUACAAACCAUCUCUUCAAUUUGUUCCAUGUUGCAUAUUUGGAACACAAGACUCUCAUAAAAAACACCAAAAGCGGACACGGUGUAGGCCCCCACUUAGCUGUCCUUCGUCGAGCUUUAUCCGACGACAAUCCUUUGAAAAAGUUCCUGGACCCCUUCGGAUGUCCAUCUGUGUAUCUCACCGGUACCGACCUGGUGGAGGGAGCGGAGUGUGGAGUGGGAAACGUUUACGCCCAAGAUCAGCUCGCUGUAACCUACCUUGGAAAAAAGGACCGAGUUCGAGUUGUGCUCAAUGGGAAAGGUAGCUUUGCCUCGGUACUGGACAAACUUCAGGAAAACCUGAAGGUAAACUUGAAGUUAGUGAUGCUUUUAGCGCUCAAAUAUGCAAUUGCUUGUCAAAUGGGAGCUCUGGAGUGUCUCCUCCAACAAAACCAAACAAAGAAGAUGAAUGGUGAGAUGAAUCACUUUACCGGCAACAAUCAAAAACCAAUGGAUCGGAGCGCAGGUGCGAGUUCCGACUUUACUCUGCUGAUCCACGGUGGCGCCGGAGAGGAGAUGAUGCUGAACCCACAAGUGAUAAACGUCAUCGAGUUUGCUCUGCAAACAGCUUUAAACCUGGGAUCGCGAGUGCUUGAACAGGGUGGACGUAGUCUGGAUGCAGUUCAAAGGUCAGUAGAAGCUCUGGAAGACUGCUUUCUCUUCAAUGCAGGAAAAGGCUCAGUAUUCAACAGAGAAGGCCAAAAUGAAAUGGAGGCCGCCAUAGUAGAUGGAAACGGAACAAAGUCCGGAGCUGUCGCCUGUUUACGAAGCGUCAAGAACCCCGUCAAAGCGGCUCGAUGCGUCAUGGACAAAAGCUCGCAUUCCCUUAUGGUGGGAGAAGGCGCUGAGGAAUUUCUGCACCUUUUGAAUGAGGAGGCCAAACCCGUCAAGUCUGACUAUUUCUACACCGAUCUCCGUUAUGGAGAGUUAGCCGCCAAGCUCGCUGGUGUCAAUCUUUCAAAAAGCAACCAUCCUCAAACUGUUGGUGCUGUGGCAUUGGAUUGCCAGCACAGGUUGGCCGCCGCCUCAUCAACGGGUGGCUUAGCGGCCAAGUUGAAAGGGCGAGUUGGCGAUACGGCCGUCGUUGGAGCGGGAAUCUACGCCGAUAGCGCAUUAGCCGUUAGCUGCUCUGGAGACGGAGAUGUGUUUCUAAGACACACCGUUGCGCAAAAAAUCGCAAGCCUCUACCACCACAAAGGUUAUAGUCUCAGACAGGCGUGUCGAGAGGUGAUGACAGAAAACCUGAAAGAUGUUUGUGCGGGAGUCAUUGCGCUCGACUCCAAAGGGGAUUCUGUGGUUGAAACAAAUGCCGGUGUCAUGUUCGUGGCCUCGAUGAUCGGCGGAAUAUCAAGAGUGGAAGUGCUUCGACCCCUAAAGAACGUCUCUCAUGUGAUCUGGGAAACAGAUGAGCUGCUCGCAUACUUGAAUCCCAAUCCCUGGACUCCUGGUUCGACUAUUUUGACCCGAAAAACUCUUAGCGGGACCCGGAGCAUCUUCCAUCUGGCUGAACCUGAUUUUGUGUCUCUGCUAGAAGAAGCCAAAUCUGUCUCAAGUGUUCUUUGCGGCAAACUUGGAGUGCAACGUUGCGCUUUGGUUUUCUAUCCCAACCCCGAUCAAGCAGCUCGGAUCAGACUGCUACCGCUUCACGGCUUAGGGUCAAAGUGGCAGCCCCAUCUUUCCAGCAAAGAGGAUUUUCACAGCUCCGACCCUGGGUUCUGCACGUCUAUCAGUGGUCCACGUUGGGAUGAUGAAGCCCUGGACAAGGUUCAAAACCAGAUUAGGAGUGGAUUACCAACAACAAACGCACCGUCGAGCUUUGAAUUUUCAGGGACUCGCUUCGAUACGAACCUGUUCAGUCGGAUUGUAAAGGGAGAGGAGCAACACUGGAGAGUCUGGGAGGAUAGUCAACAUGUUGCCUUUCUAACACCCUACCCAAACACUCCCGGAAUAACCAUGGUGGUGCCACGCAAACCACUGCCCAGCGACAUCUUCAAACUGGAGGAAUCUGACUACAAAGCUCUGAUCUUGGCAACGUAUAAAGUUGCCCAACUGCUGGAAGAGACAAUGGGAGCUCAAUCUGUUGGGUUGAUCUUUGAGGGCUUGGAGAUUAAUUACGCUCAUGCCAAAUUAAUCCCCCAACUACCUACACCAAAAGGUCUUCAGAUUACAAAAACACAAGCAGAAUUCUUCCUAAAGUACCCCGGAUACGUGUCCUCGCUUGAUGGUCCAGCUGCCGACCCAGAUGCCCUCAAAAGGCUUCACUCCAAGAUCACCGAGUGCCGGCCUUUGCGAUCAUGGAAGGAGCCUCAGUCCCACUCCGUCGUGGCUAUUUCCAGCCAGUGGUAUCGUAACCUGUUCCAGAUUCAGAACACGCUUUUCCACAGCACAGUGGAAUAUUUCUGCAAUUCCUGUCACUACUCCUAUGCCCUGACGCCGCUCACUACAGACACCAUCUCCUCCCCAAUGGGUCUGGGGUCUGAUUCAGAACCGGUUUCUGUUCACCUCUUUGGUCAAGACAUCUACCUUGCAGACUCAAUGCAAUUUGUGCUUGAAUAUUUCCUCCGUUUCCAGGAUAACCUGCAGGGAACCUACUAUAUAUCUCCCAGCUUUCGAGGAGAAGAUCCUGACGCCACACAUUUGAACCAGUUCUACCACGUGGAAUGUGAACUGUUGGGCGACAUGGACCGUGCCAUUUCCGUAGCAGAGGGAUAUUUGUCUCAUCUCACCAAGUCCAUGCUGAAGAGACACUCCGAUAUCAUCCUCAACACUGCUGGGAGCCUCACGCAUGUUACAUUCAUGCUGAGUAAAUUGGAUGGAAAAACACCACUACCACGAAUCUCUCUGGACCAGGCCAUUCCGAUGAUGCCUUCUGCCGAUUGCUUGGAGUGGGUACAAGAGGGUCAGCCGCAGUUUGGCAGGAAGCUUACGCGUAAAGGAGAGCGGGUGUUGAUCGAAAAAUACGGUGGUGUUGUUUGGUUGACUGAGAUGGAUCAUCUCGCCGUUCCCUUCUACCAGGCCUACGUGGAGGGCAGCGGCAGGGCCAAAGCCAAGGCUGCAGACCUUCUGCUGGGCUUGGGAGAAACUGUGGGUCUUGGUGAGCGUCAUUCCACGCCCGCCUUGGUACAAGAGGCCCUCAGACACCAUGCGGUUCCGCAGCAGCCCUAUAAAUGGUACACUGACAUGCGUGAGGUGAAGCCGCUUCUUACCAGUGGGUGGGGCAUGGGCACAGAGAGAUACUUGUGUUGGCUGCUUCAGCACCAUGAUGUAAGAGAUAUACAGAUUAUUCCGAGACUCAAAGGCAAAAAAUAUAUGCCGUGAUCGUCAGUAAGGCUACUCUGGCUAGACAGACCUGACUAAAGAACUGUAUAUCAUAACAUGCCUGGAUGAUGCAAAUUGUUGAAAUUUCAUGCUGUUUUGUGUGAUAUUUAUUUCCAAAUGUUCAAUGGCAACAAGAAUCUUUUGCUCCUUUAUUUCUUCCACACAUAAUAAACUGCACAUUUAUAAUUGAAAAGGUUCUUUAGAUGUUGUCAUCAGUUGAGAAUUGUCAUCUUUUGCAUGGAUUUCCAAGAACCGUGCCAGUGGAAGUCGUCUCUUCUAAUAGUAGAAACUAUUUUGCAAACUUGACAAAGUAUUUCUGGGUAAUGUACAAAUGAUAUACAUGUAAGGACUUCAGAUUCUACCUUUUUUUUUUUUUAUCCCUCACAACUUUUAUAAGUCAAGUUUACAUGGUAGCUCUAUGCUGUUUGAUUUAGUUUAAUUUUUAAUAGUUUUUUCCGAAAAAUAUUGAGACCGCCUAUUUGUCGAAUGCAAGAAACUCACUAUUAUACUGUACUUAAAAGUGUAAUAAACUACAAUUCUCAAAUGA